UUCAUUCUUCAGCAGUAUAUAUUAAUCUGCAGCUGAAGUUCAUUCCAAAUACAGAUACAAAACCAAACCAGAGAAAUGGAGAAAGAACAGAGAGUCUACAAAGCUCACUGUUUGGUCUUUCCCUAUCCUAGUCAAGGCCAUAUUAACCCUUUGCUCCAAUUUUCUAAGCUUUUAGAUCACAAAGGAGUCAAAGUCACACUGGUCACUACUCGUUUUAUCUACAAGACAAUGUACAGAGGAUCAAGUUGCACUGCCCUUGAGACUAUCUCACUGGAGACCAUCUCCGAUGGUUAUGACGAAGGCUGGAAAACGCAGGGAAUAAGUAUUCAAGCAUAUUUGGAGAGCUUUCGGAAAGUCGGGUCACAGACUUUGGCUGAGCUCAUUGAGAAGCUAUCCGGCUCAGGGUGCCCAGUUGACUGCCUUGUUUAUGAUGCGUUCAUGCCUUGGCCUUUGGACAUUGCUAAGAAGUUUGGAAUAGUCGGGGCUGUUUUCUUUACUCAGUCUUGUGCUGUUGACAACAUUUACAACCAUGUCAACAAAGGGCUGCUGAAACUUCCUCUUACUGACUCUGAAAUUUCACUUCCUGGGAUGCCACCACUUGAGCCUUUGGACCUGCCAUCUUUUGUAUAUGAUUUCGGGUCUUACCCAGCUUUCUUUGAAGUUGUUAUCGGUCAGUUCUCCACUGUUGACAAAGCCGAUUGGGUCCUCUGCAACACAUUUUAUGAGUUGGAAGAACAAGUGGUAGAUUGGAUGGCAAAGUUUUGGACACUGAGGACCAUUGGACCAACUAUACCAUCCAAGUACUUGGAUAACCGACUUGAAGACGACAAAUCUUAUGGUGUUGACCUAUUUAAAUCCAACAAUGAUGCCUGCAUGAAAUGGUUAAACGAACAUCCAAAGAACUCUGUUUCUUACAUUUCAUUCGGCAGCGCUGCACAACUUGGACUUGAGCAAAUGGAGGAACUGGCAUGGGGUUUGAGGAGGAGCAAAACCAAGUUCUUGUGGGUGAUUAGAGAAUCAGAAGCAGCUAAAGUCCCCAAAGGGUUUAUUGAGGAGACAGCUGAGAAGGGUUUGGUGGUUUCAUGGUGCUCCCAACUGGAGGUUUUGGCUCAUGAGGCUGUUGGAUGCUUCAUUACACAUUGUGGUUGGAACUCGACUUUAGAGGCUUUAAGUUUGGGGGUCCCUUUAGUGGCAAUGCCACAAUGGACCGAUCAAAGCACCAAUGCCAAGUACAUUAGGGAUGUGUGGAAAAUAGGGGUUAAAGCUCAACCUGAUGAGAAAGGCAUCGUAAGGCGAGAAGAAGUAGAGCAUUGUAUAAGUGAAAUCAUGGAGGGGGAGAGAGGAAAAGAAAUACAAAAGAAUGCCAUGAAAUGGAAAGAUUUGGCUAGAAAGGCAGUGAUUCAAGGUGGAAGUUCCGACAAAAACAUUGAUGAGUUCAUUGCAACGUUGGUUAAGCGUUAAGAGGUGCUCAAGUGUCAAGUCCACUGAAACCAUGCAAUUUCUUUGCUACCUCUCUCUCUAUUGUACUAUUGCAGACCUUUUCACUGAUGAUUCCAUUAGUUUGGCUUCAAUAAGGGCCUUUCCUAUGUAGUUUUGUUAUAAGUUUUUUGUAUCCUUGAAUUGUGUUGAGAUUACAAGAAUUGUUCUUGUGAUGAAAAAUAAAUUGGAGAGUUGUGCAAUUUGUUGUGAUGCUACUACUCCAAUUAAGAGAUCAAUAGUGGUUUUGGCUUUUCCCUUCCAUAAUUUAACCUUCUAUUUUCUGUGUG